AUGACAUCAGCGAAGGUGUCGGUGCUGUCGUCGUCAUCAUUAUCAUCAUCAAUGGCUGCUAAUACCUCCAGGAGCAAGAGAAAGUCAUUAUCUACGAUUGAGUCAUGUGUGACUCGGCUUCUUGUAUCAACCAAGCAUCUAUUGGAAAGCUUGACUCAGUGGGCUAGGCAAGAAGCCGAUGACAAGUUUGUUAGUGAUGCAUAUGUUAAAUUGGGAAAUGAUUUUCGGGCUGCCACUAGGGCCUUUACCAAUAAUGGGAUCGACAUUUCUGAUCUUGGGAAUGUACCGCAGGAUUUAAGAGCGAUAUUGGAGGCCGCGUUGAGCGAAGCUCCUUCGCAACAGAAUUUGGAUAGGUUUCUACCAGACAUUAGGAACAUUAUUGUGACGUUAUUGCAGAAUUUGAAAGCGAAACAGGCUAAGGCAAAAGCGAUAGCUAACGAGAAGAGUGCACGAGAGUUGGAAAGUCAAAACCAAAGUCAAAGUCAAGGUCAAGGUCAAAACCAAAGUCAAAGUCAAAGUAUGGAGAUGCAGGUACCAACAACAAGUCGCACUAUUUCUGGUUCCGGUUCUGUUGUUGAUGAGGCGCCCUUUACAGAAUCUACCAUUAGGCGGUCAUCUUUCAACGAUCGCUUUUCACAAAGAGAGCACCUUAUGACCCCACAAAGGGCAUCCGAUAGGAAUGAUGCGUUGGCACAAUUGCAGAAUGGAGACGCCAUGCAGCGCCGUGCAAGCAAGAGGUACAGUGCAUAUCAGUAUGCGAAACUAACUAAUUUCCCAGCACAAAACAAAUUCAAACAAAUGAAUGAAACAACCACUGUAGAGACGGUGCAAUUUCCAGUAAAAUCAUUUGAGACUGGAGCUUCGAAAACGAGGAAUUCGAUUGAAGAAGAUUCCACCCUGGAACCAUAUAUAUUGCUAAAAAUUAAUACAACAACAAAGAAGGUUUCUCUUACACUACCGACAACUUUGGCAGCUAUUAGAUUAUUAUUUGUUGAGAAAUUUGCAUACUCACCUGGUGCUGGUAACUUUCCUGAAAUUUAUAUUGAGGAUCCUCAAACCAAGCACAUGUACGAGUUGGAAGAUCAUUUAAUAGGUGAUGUGAAAAUUGGAUCCCUAAUAUGUUUGAAGGAAGAAGACACACAUGCAAAAGCUACUCAAGAUUUGAAUUCAAAGAUUGAGGCACUAUCUCAAAAAAUGGAAACUAUGAAUAAUGAUUUGAUUGCAAAAUUAGAAAAGUCGAUAUCUUUGAUUGAAAUUCCAGUUGCUGCUGCUCCUCCUCCUCCUCCUCCUCCUCCUCCUCCUAGUUCUGGUGCUGGUGCUGGUGCACCGGCAACGACGAAUACUGGCAAUCAUAAGAGUAACACUCAGUCGUCGACAAAGGUUAAUAACAAUAAAGAAAUUAGCAAGGUUGAAAAUGAAUUGAGAUUGGUCAAGCAUUUGAAUAAUCUGUCCAUCGAGCUUUUCAACACCAAGAUGGCACAAAUCACGGAAAAGAUGAAAAACCUUCAAGAAUCAGGCUUAGAAAUUUCGCCUGAUUCUAACAGAGCAUAUAUGGAAUCUUGCCACUCCAGAUUAUCAGACGACUCAGAUCGGUUGUUGACAAAGGUUGAUGAUUUGCAAGAUUUGAUGGAAGAAGUAAGAAAAGAUGUGGCUCAAAGGGGUGUCAGAAUUGGAGAGAAGCAGUUGAAGUACAUUGUUAACGAAAUCCUGGAUGCUAACAAGGCCUUAAAUGAUAUCAGUACUUAUAUUACAAAAGAGAAACCAAUAUGGAAGAAGAUCUGGGAGUCCGAGUUGGACAAGGUUUGCGAAGAGCAACAGUUUUUCAAUUUGCAAGAUGACUUGACCAACGAUUUACAAGAAGAUUUAAAAAAGAUACAAGAAACAUUUGAGUUGAUUGAACAAUGCUCAAUUGAACAGAGCAAAGGGGUAUCUUCAAAGCGGAAUAAGAUUGUUGCUAAUUUACAUAUCCCAGAGCCGGGUGAGAGUUUGCACAAUAUCAAAGACCAAGUUUUAGUCGAUAUAGCUCAAUUGAACCCCAAUCAUGAAGGGCGAGUAGAAGCUAUAGAGCGUGCAGAGAAAAUAAGAGAGAAGGAGAGAGAAUUAUCAAAGUUGACCAAGUUUCAAGAAGAGUUGGGCGACUUUGUUGAAGAUAAUAAGUUAAAAAAGUCGGGUGGUAUUGUUGAAAUUGAAAACCUUCGAAUGCAGCGUGAUCAAGAAAAUUUGAAGAGCUCCUUUGGCAUUAUAUGA